AUGGGACGAGGUUCUCUCGGAAAACUGAUGGGAGGAGAAGAGAGGGCUUCCAAAGAUACAGAUACUUUCAACAUUUUUGGCCCCUUCCAUCUUACAUCUAUUGACUGGAACAAUCAGUACCAUCGAACCUCAGUGGCAUCAAGUUUGGUAAAUGGAGUGUAUACAUUGGAAGGGGACAGGCUUGAGGAACGGGAAGGUUCUGAAGCACUAGCCAAGCCAUGGUGGGAAUUUUUCCACUUCACUUUACUCGAAACCUUGAUCGACGAUGACAGCUCCAUCUAUGGUGCCAUUUUCGAAUACGAACUAUACCACCUCUACCAAAAUACCCCUCAUGUGAAAGUUCCACGCUAUGUAAUUGCUUUCCGCGGCACAGUUUUAAAGGGAAAAACUUGGAAGUUUGAUUUGAAACUUGACCUCAAAUGCAUCUUCAACACCCUCCAUCAAGGUGGCAGGUCUAUGUACGCCAUAAAUGUAAUCCGCCGUAUGGUGGACAAACACAACCAUUCAGCUAUCUGGCUUGCUGGACACUCUUUGGGAGCCGCCCUAGUGUUGCUGGCUGGAAAGACCAUGAAAAUUUCUGGAUUCCUCCUCGAGAGUUACAUAUUCAACCCACCCAUCUCGUCUAUUCCUCUAGAGCAGCUACCUGGUGGCGAUAUAAUUAAAGGUUUGUUUCAAAUCACCAAGAGUGUCGUCAAAGCCACCGUAGCCAUGGCCUUAACCGAUCUACAGGUUCCAAAAGACGAUCCAAAGACAGCAUCAUGGAUACCUUAUUUAUAUGUGAAUCCAGCAGAUCCAAUAUGUGCAGGAUACAUCGAUUACUUCAGACACAAAACCUUCAUGUCUGAGAUAGGAGCAAGCCACAUCGAGAGAAUCGGUGCUAGAAAAUCAGUUAGGAGUCUAUUGGUGGGAAGAAGAGGAAAACUAUCACCGUCGGAUUUGUCAUCGGAACCUCUCCACCUUCUUCCAUCAGCAGAUAUGACUGUAAACAAGAACAAACCGACUAAGUCAACGACAGCUCACGGACUUCACCAAUGGUGGGAGCGAGACUCGACACUGAGGGAAAAUUGGGAAAGCUGCUGCAUCAGACCUUACCAUGAAGGCAAAUUGGAGCAACUGACCAUACAAUAA